AUGACUGAUCGUAACGGCCGUCCGCAAGCCAAUGUCCUUCUGAUCAACGACAGUGGCGCGGUCUUCGCUGAGACAAUCGACACACGGAUGGAAUCGAAGACGGGAGGUUACAUCGCGGGGCUUCUCCGUCCCAUUCUCAAGAAAGUCGGACCGGAAAAUGUGGUGGCAUUUUGCAUGGACGGCGGCUCGAACUAUGCGGCGGCGUGCAGGGAGCUGAUGGAGGAUUACUCCCACAUUGAGUACAUACCUUGUGCUACCCACGUCCUCGAUCUGUUGAUGGAGGACGUGGGGAAGAUGGAUUGGGCGAAGAACCUUGUCACCCGCGGGGGAGAGAUCAUCACCUUCACGCGCAACCACCACUUCACGCGGGGGUAUUUGCGAAGCUCCGAGGUCAAGGGCGGGAAGGGCAAGCAGGUCCUGAAACCCGCGGGCACUCGCUUCGGGACGCAAUUCAUCGCUAUUUCCCGCCUUGUCGAAGUCCGUGCUGCCCUCGUGCAGAUGGUUUUAAGCGAUGAAUGGAAGGAGUGGGCAACAGGUGCAAGGAGUAAAAGCGCGGACACUUUCCGCGAGCACAUCAUGGACGAGGCUUGGUGGAAGACGGCCGAGUUCUUCACCAAGCUCAUGGCGAAGCCGUUCGCCGUCAUGCGGGCUACGGAUGCUGCGACAAAAGGGAUGAUGGGGCGCCUCUACGACGCCAUGCUGCAGCUCACCGAGGACGUGGAUGCAAUCCUCGAGGAGCACUCCGCGGGUCACCUGACGAGGGCAGAGGUUAAGGAGAUCCGCCUCAUCGUGAAGGAUAGGUGGGAUAAGUGCUUGGCGUGCCCCUUGCAUGUGGUUGGCAGGAUCUUGAAUCCGGUCAACCAAGAGGAGAGCAUCUUCAGAAACGACAUCGAAUGCACGCGCGUGCUGAAGGGCUACAUCGCCAAGCACUACGACCACCUCACCAUCACCGCGAGCGAUGGCGAGGAGCGCCGAGCCUCUCUUGUGCUGCAGGAGGAACUGACGGCGUACCUGACCCUACAGGGGAGUUUCGGGCUGCCCACCGCCUUGGAAGACCGCGCGGCUGUGAAGGCGGGGAAGAUGACGGCCGUCCAGUGGUGGAAUUGGCACGGCACAGAUGCGCCCCACCUUGCUACGUGCGCAAUCCACAACCUUUCGCAGCCGGUGUCCGCGUCGCCCUGUGAGCGCAAUUGGUCCAUGUGGGACGCGGUCCACACGGCAAGGCGCAACCGCCUCGGGUCCGAGAAGUGCAGGGACCUCGUAUAUGUUGUGCACAACUGGCAGGUUGUGCACAAUUGGUACAAGGUCCCUAAGGGGCAGCGGGUGGUCAAGGGCAACAUUCCUGAGGCGCCCCUUCCCGAGGGCUACAAGGUGGAGGAGGAUGGGGCGGAGGAGGAGGUUGGGGAGGAAGAGGACAUGGUUCUUGAGGAUGA